AUGAGUCCAAUUUUGUUGUUGCUUGGCUGUCCUAUUAUUAAAAUGAUCGCUCAUUUCAAUUUUGUUUUAGUUCGUUCUCUCUUAAUAAAAACCUUACAAAACAUUCACAAGUCAACAACCCCAAAUAGGAGAGGUGUAGAGAUGCAGCAACCGGGACAGAUGUUCCCAGUUAUGUCUUCAUUUCCGCCUGCUAAUAUUACUACUGAGCAGAUUCAGAAGUACCUUGAUGAGAACAAGAAAUUGAUCUUGGCAAUUAUAGACAAUCAAAAUCUUGGCAAACUUGCCGAAUGUGCCCAGUACCAGGCGCAACUUCAAAAGAAUUUGAUGUAUUUGGCUGCAAUUGCUGAUGCCCAACCGCAGACACCAGCAAUGCCUCCCCAGAUGUCUCCACAUCCAGCAAUGCAACAAGGAGGGUAUUAUGCGCAGCAUCCUCGGGCUGCAGCCAUGGCUCAGCAGCCAGGUAUCUUUCCCCCAAGAGCACCCUUACAGUUCAACAAUCCACAUCCAAUUCAAGAUCAACAGCAGCAUCUAACCCAACAAGCCAUGCAAGUACAAAUGGUUUUACGGCCUGGUGGUGCCAGCAAUGGUGCACAACCCACACACAAUGACUCCACUCUUGGAGGAGGCAGCAGUGGUAUUCCCACUUCAAAUUCAGGGGCAAAUAAUGUGCGAGGAGUAAACCAAGAUAAACCCGAGGGUCAGGCCUCUGGUGCUGAUGCUAGCGGAGAUGGAGACGAAGCAAAAUAA